AUGUCAGAAAUAUUUACUAAAAAUGAUUAUCUUUUUCGUGAUGAUGAAAGUCUUAGUUCUCUUUCAUGUGAUGAAGAUUAUUGUACACAAAAUUAUAAUAUUCAAAAGAACGUUUGUUGUGUUUUAACAAGUCAUACAUAUAAUUUCUUAGAAAAAAAACCAUGGAUACAUAAUUAUAGUUCAACAUUUAAUACAAAAAAAAUUUAUUCAUCAACAAUAACUUAUGCAGAAGUUGGAUGUCAAACAUUUGAAUCUCUUCCUUUAUGCUAUGAUGUAUCAUCUCAAACUGAUAAAAUUAUUUUAAAGGAUGCACAAUAUCAAAUUGAAUACCCAAUAGAUACAAUUACAAUAGAAAUUACUUUUGAGGAGGCAUAUUUACGAUUAAUGAAAAUGAUGUCUUUUUUAAAUAAUAAAAAAGCAUGGUUAAUUUGGUACUCAAAUAAUAGUAAAAAAAAUAUGGAAUUUCAUGUAUCUGUUCAUACUCCUAAUACCAUAAAAGUUUUAGCUGUUACAUUGAAUAAAAAACACGUAAGUACAAAGAUUAAAAUUUAUUAA